AUGGAACAAGUGGCCGGAGCAGGGUCAGCAGCGGGGUCUUCCAGGACCGUCGAUCUCACCAAGCAUUGCAAAUAUCACGACGUCAAGGGACAUGAUACCACAGAAUGCAAAUCACUCUACGCUCAUUAUCUCUCGUCACUUGCGAGCGGUGAAUUUAAGUUCGAACCCUUGAUAGCUAAACCAAAGAAUGGCAAAAGCUGGAGCAAGAACAAGGAAAGAAGAGCCCAGCGCAAAGCCACCGGCAAAGGUCGGCAAAACGACGCUCAACGACAAGACGACGAGGAGGAAACCCCGAAGGAUAACGGUGGGGGAGACUCCUCCGCCGACGAAGAGCAUCCUGCUAAUCGCAGACGCAUCGAGGUUAUACUCUCUCAGCAAUCUUUGUCGUCCGACGACGAUAACGACGAUGCGCCUGUACUCGGAGAUCUGAGAGACGUCCUGAAGCGGAAGUUCGAGUCCGAAAAUGAUAGCAGUCCCAAGCACAAAGAUCUACGGACGAUGCUGGACACACGGAAGUCUCGUCGUAUCUCGACAAGCGACGCUAACAACAACAAAGGGCCAAUUACAGACCUCCGAGAUAAACUCAACGCUGGCGCCUGCGACCUUCGCAUACAGCUCAACCGUUCAAAACCAACAGACUUACGACGACAGUUGGAGCAAGCUAAAGGUCAUUUUCAACCCCCAGCGCAUGACACCAACAUAUCCACAGACCUCCGCACCUUGCUAGACUCUAAGCGAGUACAAACGGGACAGUCGUUGAAUGUCAUCAUGGGAGGCUCCCCUCCUAGCGGAGACACUGUCCGUUCUGUAAAAGACUAUCGUCGACAGGUCGCGACUUCCCAGAAGUGGCCGACUAAACCGACAAGUCAUCUUCCGAUAACCUUCUCACCGGACGACGCUGAAGGAGUUCACGCUCCCCAUAAUGAUCCUCUUCUCGUCGUCCUUGGAAUUGGAGAGUAUGAUGUCACCAAGAUCCUCAUUGACACCGGAAGUUCCGUCGACCUCAUCUUCCGAGGAACUCUACAGAAGAUGGGAGUUGAUCUUGACGACAUAAAAGCGUCUUCCAGGACAUUAACCGGAUUCAAUGGAUCCUCCGAAACUAUCUUGGGAACGAUCCGCCUCCCGGUACGCGCGUGUGGCGUUACUCGAACGGUUAAGUUUGCCGUUGUAAGCACAAAAGCUCCUUAUCACGCUAUACUCGGCACCCCUUGGCUACACUCGAUGCAAGCCGUUCCUUCCACCUACCACCAGUGCGUCAAGUUCCCUGGUACGGACGGAAGGAUAAAAACGCUGCGAGGGGAUCAAAAGGCCGCUAGGGAUCUCCUAGUCGCCACAGUCAAACUCCAACGGUCAUCUCUACCCGUUAAUUCUGUGUCUCCCCCAACCUCAAAAGUCCGUUCCCAGGAAAGCGAGAUUCUCGAGUUACCUAUUGACGACGCCGAUCAAAGUCGAACCGUAAGGGUUGGUGCAUACCUUUCUGAGGAAAUGCAGCAGUCAAUUCUGAACUUCCUCAGGAAGAACGUGUCUACAUUCGCUUGGUCUAUGGCAGACAUGAAAGGCAUUGAUCCGACUAUAACGACUCACGAGCUAAACGUCGACCCGACAUUCAAACCUAUCCGCCAGAAGCGACGUAAGCUCGGCCCUGACAGGUCGAAGGCCGUAAACGAAGAAGUUGACAAGCUACUCGGCGCAGGUUCGAUCGCUGAGGUCCGCUACCCCGAAUGGUUGGCAAAUCCGGUAGUCGUCAAAAAGAAAAAUGGCAAGUGGCGCGUCUGCGUCGACUUCACCGAUCUGAAUAAAGCCUGCCCAAAGGAUAGCUACCCUCUUCCCAACAUUGACCGUUUAGUCGAGUCUACGGCCGGAAACGAGAUGCUGACCUUCAUGGACGCCUUCUCUGGAUACAAUCAAAUAAUGAUGCACCCGGAUGAUCGCGAGAAGACAGCCUUCAUCACAGAUAAGGGAACCUACUGCUAUAAGGUCAUGCCGUUCGGUUUGAAGAACGCCGGAGCAACCUACCAACGACUUGUAAACAAGAUGUUCGCAGAUAAGCUGGGCAUCACUAUGGAAGUGUACAUCGACGACAUGUUGGUUAAGUCGCUCCAUUCCAUUGAUCACCUCCGUCAUCUUCAAGAAUGCUUCGAAACUCUCAACAAAUACGGCAUGAAGUUGAACCCAGCAAAGUGCACAUUCGGAGUCUCUUCAGGCGAAUUCCUCGGCUACAUAGUCACACAGCGAGGAAUCGAGGCAAACCCGAAGCAAAUAUCCGCGGUCCUGAACCUCCCAAGUCCGAGGAACAGUAGAGAAGUACAACGGCUCACGGGCCGGAUAGCUGCUCUAAAUCGUUUCAUCUCCAGAUCCACCGACAAGUGCCUCCCCUUCUACGAUCUCUUGCGAGGAAAUAAGAAGUUCAUUUGGGAUGAGAAGUGUGAGGAUGCAUUUACUCAACUCAAGCAAUACCUGACAACACCUCCAGUACUCGCUAAGCCGGACGUAGGUGAUGUUCUAUCUCUCUAUGUCGCGGUGUCACAAGCUGCUGUCAGCAGCGUUCUGAUAAAGGAAGACCGCGGCGAACAAAAGCCCAUUUUUUACACAAGCAGACGCAUGACCGGACCAGAGACGCGAUACCCGACUCUGGAAAAGAUGGCUUUAGCAGUUGUCGAGGCAGCAAGAAAGCUUCGACCGUAUUUCCAGUCACAUUCAGUGGAGGUACUGACUGAUCAACCUCUCCGAACGAUACUCCAAAACACCAACAGAUCUGGCAGACUCACGAAGUGGGCCAUCGAACUCGGCGAGCUCGAUAUUACCUACAAGAACCGCACAGCGGCGAAGUCCCAAGUCCUCGCGGACUUCCUGGUCGAGUUGGCCCCAGAAUUGGAACAAGAUCUUAUACUCCCAAGCUCAAACUGGACGCUGCACGUCGAUGGAUCAUCGACCAACAAGGGAGCAGGAGCCGGAGUCCAACUACAGUCCCCGACCGGAGAGCUAAUCAGGCAGUCUUUUAGCUUUGGCUUUCCCGCGUCAAACAACGAAGCAGAAUACGAAUCUCUGAUCGCCGGACUCCGCUUAGCAAAAGCCGUAAAAGCUAAACGACUAAGCGCCUAUUGCGACUCUCAAUUAGUCGCCAGUCAGUUCAGCGGCGACUACGAUGCCCGCAACGACCGAAUGGAUGCCUAUCUCAAAAUAGUGCAAAGCCUGACAGCAGAGUUCGAGUUCUUCGAACUCAUCAAAGUUCCCAGAGGCGAAAACGUCUGCGCCGACGCCCUCGCGGCCCUUGGCAGCAAGCUUCGUGAUCAAGUUAAACGAACCAUCCCGAUACAUCGUAUCGAGAAACCAAGCAUCGAUAUUCCUACCGACCAAACCCUCGUUGCCCCGGUCAUCGAACCCGCUACUCCAGAUGACGACGGAUUUGGUCCUGAUUGGAGAACUGAGUUUAUCGACUACCUCUCGAAGGGAGAACUCCCAAACGACAAAUGGGAAGCUCGCCGACUAAAAACACGCAGCGCCCAUUACGUCGUUCUUGACGAUGAACUACACCGCUGGACCGCGAGUAAAGUACUCCUAAAAUGCAUUCAUGGCGACGAGACAGCAAGGGUUAUGGCAGAGACGCACGAAGGCGCUGGCGGAAAUCAUUCGGGCGGACGUGCAUUAGCAAUCAAAGUAAGGAGCUUGGGCUUCUUCUGGCCAACAAUGAACGCAGAUUGCGAGUCUUACGCGAGAAGCUGCGACAAGUGCCAACGGCACGCACCUAGUAUCCAUUGUCCAACCGAAAUGUUGCGAACAACCACCGCUCCAUACCCGUUCAUGCGAUGGGCAAUGGACAUCAUUGGACCACUUCCCUGUUCCCGCCAAAGACGCUUCAUCCUCGUCCUCACCGACUACUUUACCAAAUGGAUCGAAGCUGAAGCAUACGCUCAAGUCACGGACAAAGAAGUCCGCGGUUUCGUCUGGAAAAAUAUUAUUUGCCGCCACGGUUUACCUUAUGAGAUCGUUACCGAUAACGGAUCGCAGUUCAUGUCAGGCAACUUCAAGGAGUUCUGUGGCAAAUGGAACAUUCGACUAAGCCCCUCCACUCCUCGUUACCCGCAAGGUAAUGGCCAGGCAGAAUCCUCCAAUAAACUCAUCAUCGAUGGCAUUAAAAAGCGCCUGGAUCUGAAAAAGGGUCACUGGGCCGACGAGCUCGAUGGGGUCCUAUGGAGCCAUCGCACAACGCCGCGAGGAUCGACUAAAUCGACACCUUUCUCCCUCGCCUACGGUGUAGAAGCCAUGGCUCCCGCUGAAGUCAACGUUUCAAGCCUCCGACGCUCCAAGAUGCCUCAAUACGUCGAACUCAACAAGGAAAUGCUACUCGACGCCCUUGAUGAGAUAGAAGAACGACGAGAUCAAGCUCUGCUGCGCAUCCAGAACUAUCAACACCAGAUCGAGAGUUACUACAACAAAAGGGUCCGUGCCCGACCUCUGGAACUCGGUGACCUCGUCAUGCGCAAGGUGUUUGAAAACACUAAGGAGCUAAACGCCGGUAAACUCGGCGCCAGGUGGGAGGGACCUUAUAAAAUCAUCAAAGUCGUCAAACCCGGAGUAUACCGACUUCAAACUUCACGUGGCGAAGAAGUUCCCCGAUCAUGGAACUCGAUGCACCUAAGACGUUUCUACUCGUAG